AUGUAUUUGGGUUAUACUGGUUUGGCCUAUGCCGCUGGCAAUCCUGAUAGGUUGUAUGUGACUGCCAACACUUGGAACGGCGUCUUUGGUUUCGAACGCAUUCCCUAUGGUACCGGUUGGAAGACUCUUGGUUGGGUUGCCGGUUCUCAAGUUAGUCUACCAAACAACUUGCUCAUCAAGGGUAUUCCUUAUGAUAGUCCAGAGGGUCUCAACAAACCCACGAGCAUCCGUUAUUUGGCACCUUAUAUGUACAUUCGUGUUGACACUGGUGUCACUGCUUGGUUGCCAUACUCUUAUCAGGCCUCGAAAAUGUACGUCAACCUCGGCAUCCCUGGUACUGAAGGUUUCACUGUCACGCCUGAUAAUUAUCUCUACUACAGGAAUGGUGAGGAUGCUGUUUAUAGGAAGCCUUUGAACGAUCCAAUUUCUGAUGGUGAAUUGUAUGCUGGUGGAUGUGGUUGUGGUAUGAACGACAAUCAAAUAUGUACGGCUAAUAAGGGUAACUUGGUCAACUUCGUGCCAACUAACGGACAGGUUGUUAUGCAGGAUUACAACACUCAAGUUGACUUCCGUUUCCUUGGUUGGUGUCAAUGCCCAUCUGUGACUACGGGUUUACCGGUCACUACGGCUGAGACCACCACUGCUGCUGUUGAGACUACCACCACUGCUGCUGUUGAGACUACCACCACUGCUGCUGUUGAGACUACCACCACUGCUGCUGUUGAGACUACCACCACUGCUGCUGUUGAGACCACCACCACUGCUGCUGUUGAGACUACCACCACUGCUGCUGUUGAGACUACCACCACUGCUGCUGUCGAGACCACCACUGCUGCCGUUGAGACUACCACCACUGCUGCUGUUGAGACUACCACCACUGCUGCUGUUGAGACUACCACCACUGCUGCUGUUGAGACCACCACCACUGCUGCUGUUGAGACUACCACAACUGCUGCUGUUGAGACCACCACCACUGCUGCUGUCGAGACCACCACCACUGCUGCUGUUGAGACGACUACAAGCGGCGAAGGUUCACUCACCUGCGAUGCUUAUUGUUCAUCGAUAACAGCGGGUAGCUACUGUAAGUACUGGACAACCCCAAGUACAUGCUUCGGUAACAACAUGCCAUGCUCUUGUGGUUCGGCCUCUACUACUAGCGGAAUCCCCGCCCACACAACGACUGUCCCCGUUACUCACCAACCAGAAACUACCACUUUGGCGGCUUCUACGGGUAGUCCGAGUCACACCACUGAGUCUGCAGCGACCACUACCACCUCGGCAGUCCGGACCACUACUGCUGAGGCCGAAGUCACUACUGCUGCAAGCUCAGAUUCGUGUGCAGCUGGCGAUGCCUAUUGUGAUUCUGUAUGGAGCGGAACUUACUGUAAAUCGUGGAAGCACCCGAGUGUCUGUUCGGAGACCAAUCUGCCAUGCAGUUGCGAUGAGGAAGUUCCCACCACUACUAAGGGUUCUCAUCAGACAACCGAGUCCCCUCAGACCAGUGCUGACCAUACUCCAAGUGUAACUACAUCUUCUCUUCAAUGCGAUGCUUUCUGUAACUCUCUUGAGGCUGGGAGUUACUGCAAGUACUGGGAAAUGCCCAGCAUCUGCUCUGGCACCAAUAUUCCGUGCGAUUGCAUUUGA